GGGGAGGUGUAUGCUGUUGAGGUCGCCAUGUUUAUAUUUUACAGUUGAGUGAUAAGAUAUUUUUAAUACGUUUUUUCGUCGAGUUUUAAUGGCAAUUUGUAUAAAUAAGUAAAUCUUAAAGUGUUUCCUGUUUAUGUAACCCUUUAUUUCUGUGAUACUUUAUGGAAAGAUGGCCAAUUCUAGUUUUAAAAGCGAGGCUAUGGCGUUUGAUGAUAUGGCUGAAUUUUUCCCUGCUGCCACUGCCAGUGGGCAGGAUCUAUUGAAACGGAGGUCGUUUAAAAAACGAAGGAAACGAAACCGUUCAAAUAUAUUUUACUUGUUGGAAAGUGCUGGAAAAAUCAGCGAGGAAAGCGACACAACCGAUGAAGCUUUGAGGGAUUACAUGGAAAAUAUUGCCGCUCAACAAAGUGAUUCUGAUUUAGAAAGCAACAUGACAAAACGUCUGUCUUCACUUCGGUGUCAACUUAACAAUCUGACUAAUGGCUGCCCGGACCCUUAUCACCAUGCGGAUAAGGCCGAAAGCGAUUCUUGUUCCGAGAUUAACUACCAGAAGAAAAGACGAAAACGCAAGCGAAAACACAGGAAAAUGUGCGGCAACAGUACGAGCCAUCCUGUUUCGGUCACGUUACAACCGAGCCUGUUUAAAGUCCCACCCCCUUUGAUGUUGGAUGCAAGUAAGCUGCGGCCUGUUCAAAUGAGCUCUAAUAAGCAUGUAAUCCUCAAGGCUCACCGCAGUCGGUUAAAUGACGACGAUUUUUUAGCCGAUGCCGAAAACGGGCAUACCAGUAGUUGCGGGGAAAACCUCAAUCACGGGUUGUGUGCGAUGUCACAUUCCGUCGGACAUGCUCGGCAUUCGUGGCCGAGUGUACAAGACAUGGACAUUUGCGAUGAUGGGCACGGAAGUGAAUCGGAAACUAUGUAUGAAAGUACGCAUACACCAGAAAGCAGUGCACUAUCGUCAAGCAGCGAAGAAAUUUUCACAAAUGAUGAAGGACAAUUUGGAGAUGAUGAACAGGAAGAGAGUUGUUACGAGACAGAUUCCCAAUUUGGCCGGCUCCGAGGAAGGCCAAAUAGCGAAGACGAGGAUCAAGAGUUUCAUAAACUGUAUCGAGAAACUUUAGAAUAUUUAAAGUCAAAACCAUUUUUCCUUGAAGACGAUCAAGGUUCGUUUCUCAGCCUUGUUUAUAAUAAUUACAGAAAAGAUAGCUUAAACCCCAUGUGAAAAAUUCAAAAAGUCUCUUGACCCAAAAUGUUUUUGGUCAGUAUGCAUUUUGAACUUUUCCAAGUCUGUGUAUGAUGAAAAAAUAUUUUAGGUUUGUCUAAGUCAAAGUUCCCCUUAUCCAUAGUUGGCUCAAGAGUCCGGCUAACAUGGUAGAAUUCAAUUUUACAGUAAAAUCUGGAUAAGCUCAUUAUAACUACGGCUGAGGAAUCCUUUGCAUAUGGGCUAUAAAGCAUUCUCUUUCUCAAAAUUUGGGCAAAAAUCAAAAUUUCCUAAGUCAGUAUGUGUGCAUGGCCCCAUAGACAUGGCUCAAGAAUCAUCAAUUUAAUAUCUAUUAAUAAUAAUUAAUUUAUGUGGUGUUUCCACAAACAAAAAGUAUUAUGUUUUGUCACCAUGCAAACCUACAAUCUCGUUUUGCGAUCCUCGGGAAGGAACGCGAGGCUCUGGGAUAAUCCGUUUCAGGGAGGAAUCUGAUUGGCCGUUGAUAUGGAAUGCGAAGUUCAAUCUUAGCCAGGAUUCCUGGCUUCCGGCAACAGAUUAUCCCAGAGCCUCGCGUUCCUUCCCGAGGAUCGCAGGCUUGGGGAACCUACAAAGAACUUAUUAAUAUCUACUGUAUAUGCUUUUGUAUGUGGCUGAGUUUUUAUAUAUUUUUCUAGUUUCUAGUGGUAGACAAUCUGGAUCAGGUUUACUGAGAUCAGAGGUACUAAUGGUUGUAAUAAUGACGUAUUGUGUGGCCCCAGACAGAAUGAAGUGCUGAGCUGUUGACAGCUCAUUAAUCUGUGUACUUAUCAUAGAAAAUUGUAUACUAAUACAUUGUACAAACCCAGACUAUAAUAUCUGUAUGUAUUACAUUAAAGAUGGGACAAUCGGCAAUGCUUGAGGCCAAUAAAAGAAUCAAGAAGUUCUUGCAAGAUCCCACCAAAGUGGAGUGAGUUUAUUGCUAUGAUAUGCAGUACUUUUAACAUUGUCUCUAUCAGAGAGGAAGCUUUCUUCUUAACCACGAUAUUUACUUUGUAUUAAAGCUUAUUUCUCAAAUUUUUCAGGUUACGUCUCGCUCAUGUGAAGAGAAAAGAUAGAGAAGAGGUACAAUAAAGGAUGAUAGGAUUGUUUAUGCCAUUUACACGUCUUGCAAUUUUUACUGCGAUUUCUUGUGACUUUGAUUGAUUAACAUAUUGUAUUGGCAUAUGACUGUUGACAUUGCUGUUUAGUCUUUAAGUGGCAAUGCACCCUACUUUAUUAUUUUACUCUGUCUAAUGCCAGACUAUUUUACUUGUCAAGGGGAGAGUGCUGCCACUCAAUGGGUUAGUAUUUGAGUGAGCCGUGCUUUGGAAAUGACAAUUUUUUAUUACCCAACCUUUGAGUUGUUUUGUUUUUCAUUUCACUCACUCAAAAUUUUGUUUACCCAACCCUUUUCUCUUUGGUACCACCCCCCUGCCAUAAAUGAUGGCCAGUUCCUAAAUGAGGUAUGAUUGUUCCGAGUAUACAUGUGUCUCAUCUGAACAUGUAUAGCUUAUUCAUAUUUGUACACUCUGAUUUUCCACUAGCUCUCACAGCUGGCUGCACUUUACUCUCUGCAUUGCAAAAUGGAGGAUUCUCCAAAAAGAGGCAUGGUUGUCCUUGUCAAAACAAGGUAAAGUAUUCCACUAUUGUUGAACACUUUUGGUGUUGAAAGAACAUGCAAUUAGAUAUUUCACUUUUCUUUUUAAGGAGUACAAGUAAACCCGAACAAUCCGCAUUGUGUCACUUCCUGGGAAGACCAUUUAGAGAAAUGUAAGACUCUUUGUCUUUGAAUUUAGACUCAAACCAAUAGACCUUUCCCCUUAUGAGUGAAAUUUUGAUCUAGAUAUGCCUGGACAAAAAUUUCAUCACAGCUUAAAAGAGCAUCACAAAAUUAGUAUUAUUCCGAAGUUUCGUUGCGAAAUGUUGUAAAAUGCGGAUAAUAUAGCCUUGCGAAGUUUGCCGUUUUUCAGUCAUUUUGCAUUUAAACAAACUGGAAAUUUAUCAUCAGAUGAUCAAGCUGAUCAUCAAUUUCCCAUUUCUAAUACAAAAUGACUGAAAAACGGCAAACUUCGCAAGGCUAUAUUAUCCGCAUUUUACAACAUUUCGCAACGAAAUUUCGGAAUAUUACUAAUUUUGUGAUGCUCUUUCAAGCUGUGAUGAAAUUUUUGUCUUGAUCAAAAUUUCACUCAAAAGGGGAAAAGGUCUGUUGAAAGCCGCAUAUAGUAUAAAGGUCUGUAAAUUCCAAUGACUUUUUUUAAUUAUUUGGCUUUGAACAGGCGAGAAUCGCAGACAUGCAGUGCUGGAAUUGACGUGAAGCGAAGACGAAAAACUUCCCCACUUAUGCAAGGUGAGAUUUUAUGAGUGAUAGGAUGACUUGCUUUAAUCUCGUUUAAUUCACACUGAAAUCUGCCAUUUUAUUAGAAAAAACUUUAAGCCACACACGUAAAAACGAACAAGUUGUAACAAACCUGCAGCAGACUUGUGGCAAUGCUGUUCCAACAACUUGUCAACAGGAUGUGUUCGCAUUGCUUGUUCCCAGCUUGUUGAAAACUUGCUACAAGGUUGUUGAGCUCAACACUCAACAGACUUGUUAUCACAAGUUGUUCCAACAACUUGUUAUCGUUCUGCAAUUGAACAAUUUGUCAACAAGUUGUGAGUGACAACCUUGUAGCAACUUGAUGAAAUAACAACAUUGUUACAACUUGUUGACAAACUUGCUACAAGCCUGUUGCGAACACAUCUUGCUGACAAGUUGUGAGAAUUUUACGUGGGUGAUAAAGUAUUAUAUGUGUAUAUUAUCGAAGUAGUAGAACUAUAUCAACUGGAUUGUUUUUUUUUCUUCGGGUUUAGUUGGUGACGCUGCUCCUCCAUUGUCUGAGAAAAAUAUCGGGAAUCAGAUGUUGAAGACCAUGGGUUGGGCUCCUGGCCAAGGAUUGGGGCCUAGCUGCUCGGGUAUCCGCGAACCUGUCAAAGCAUUUAAACGUCCUGGCCGUCUUGGACUGGGACACUCUGGAAAAUAACACAGCCAGAAACAAUAGCAGUAGAGUAAUACAAUACUGAUUAUUUCACUCCAGAAUGAAAUACAUUGACGUCUCUAUUCUUGUUAGAUCAUGACUGUAUCAGACUUGUUCGAACAACCAUGUAACAAGUCUGAUAAUGCCAUUAAGCUUGUCACAAGUUGGGAACAAGCAGUACGAACACACGUAAAAACGCACAAGUUGUCACAAGUCUGCAAACAAGUUGUUACAAAUCUGUUCACAAGCUGUCGACGAGUUGUGUUCGCACUGCUUGUUCCCAGUUGUUGUAACAAGUUUGGAACAAGCUGUUAACAACUUGUAACAAGCUUGACGGCAUUAUCAGGCGUGUUACAAGGUUGUUCUAACAAGUCUGAUACAGUCAUGAUAUAACAAGAAUGUUACAAGGUUGACGACACAAGGUUGUAGCAAUAUUGUUAUUUCAUGACUGCAUCGGAUUUGUUGGAACAACCUUAAUUGCAACAGGUCUGAUAAUAUCAACAAGGUUGUUACAAGUUGUUAACAACUUUUUCCAAACUUGUUGACAACUUGGGACAAGCAGUGCGAACACAACUUGUUGACGGCUUGUUGACAGACUUGCUGCAAGAUGUGAGAUUUUUACGCGUUGGCAGACAAGAUGUGAGAUUUUGCGACAAGAUGUGAGAUUUUUACGCGUGAACAGAUUUGUAACAACUUGUUUGCAGACCUGUGCCAUUUUGUGCGUUUUUACUGGGUAGAUUCGACAAAAUGUUUACUGUUCAUUUUGCAAAACGUUUACUGUGUCAAAUGGUUUAGUAAAGUAUAAUUACACUUGGCAAUGUAAAGAGUUAUACGAUGGCAAAAUAAGGUGAAUUACACACGUAAAAAUCUCACAUCUUGUAGCAAGUCUGCCAACAAGCCGUCAACAAGUUAUGUUCGCACUGCUUGUCC